AUGCCAUCUAGAAAAACAAGUAUCAUUAGUACUUGUGAAAAGAAGGUACUGAUCUCAAAUAAUAAAACCAAAAAGAUACUAACUGAUGAGAUUGGCUACAAGGAAUCUUAUGAUGCAGAUGAUGAAAAUAGUUCAUGUAAA